UUUUCCCACGCUCAACAUCGAUAAAUAGUUAAUUACAUAUAUGUCCCUUCUGUUCCCAUAGCUCACUUCUUCCACCAAAAAAACAAAAAAAAGCUGCAAGAAAGCUUCGAUCUGGAACUCAUGGCUCCGUCGUCGGUGUUUCCCGUCGCCGUUCUCGUGGUCGUUCUCUCAUCGUCGUUCGCCUACGGUGACGACGGGCCAUCAGCCUAUGAGGUGCUUCAAGAAUACGGCUUCCCGAUCGGCCUUCUUCCCAAAGGAGUGACAGGGUACGAAUUCGACAGAGAGUCUGGCAAUUUCAAGGCGUAUUUUGACGGAGCAUGCGGCUUCUCCAUUGAAAAUUCUUACCAGCUCAGGUACAAAUCCACCAUAACUGGUGUUUUGUCCAAGGACAGGCUCAAAGAUUUGCAGGGCGUCAGUGUUAAGGUACUCUUCUUUUGGCUCAACAUUGUCGAGGUGGUUCGCGAUGGAGACGAACUGGAAUUCUCCGUGGGGAUUGCUUCGGCGGACUUCACGAUCGACAACUUUGUGGAGAGUCCGCAGUGCGGGUGUGGAUUUGAUUGUAAGAGUAGAGCUAGCUCUAUGUAGAUGUUUCGUUAAUUAGCCGUAAAAUGUUUCAGCAUGCUUUAAAUGAUGUUCAUGAUACAAUACAGUGCUUUAAUGCUUGCAUACGUAAUAACAAAUAUAAUUUGUGUAUGA